UCAGGACACCCCAGACUCCCAGGCGCACACCAUGGGGGGGCUGAGGCCCUGGGCUCGAUACGGGCUACUGAUCGUGGCUCACCUGCUGGCUCUGGGCCUUGGGGCUGCGGUGCUCCAGGCCCUGGAGGGGCCCCCAGCACGCCGGCUCCAGGCCCAGCUCAGGGCCGAGCUGGCCACUUUCCAGGCGGAGUACGGGGCAUGCUUGCCAACCGGGGCACUGGAGGAGCUGCUGGGCACCGCCCUGGCAGCCCAGGCCCAUGGGAUCUCCAGCCUGGGCAAUGUCUCAAAGGCUGGGAACUGGGAUCUGCCCUCAGCCCUGCUCUUCACCGCCAGCAUCCUCACCACCACAGGUUACGGCCACAUGGCCCCGCUCUCAGCAGGCGGAAAGGCCUUCUGCGUGGUCUACGCGGCCCUGGGGCUGCCAGCUUCCCUAGCACUUGUGGCCACACUGCGCCACUGCCUGCUGCCUCUGCUCAGCUGCCCGGUUGCCUGGGUAGCUGUCCGCUGGCAGCUGACCCCGGCCAGGGCCGCGUUGCUGCAGGCACUUGGGCUGGGCCUGCUCGUGGCUGGUAUCUUCGUGCUGCUGCCCGCGCUGUUGCUGUGGGGUCUGCAGGGCGACGACAGCCUGCUGGAGGCCAUCUACUUCUGCUUCGGCUCACUCAGCACCAUCGGCCUGGGGGACCUGCUGCCUGGUCGUGGCCGUGACCUGAAUCCAGUGCUUUACCACCUUGGCCAGAUCGCACUUCUCGGUUACUUGCUCCUGGGGCUCCUGGCCGUGCUGCUGGCAGUGGAGACGUUUUCGGAGCUGCCACAGGUCCGUGCCUUGGUGAAGUUCUUUGGGUCCAGUGGCCCUUUGACUGCUGAGGACCAAGGUGGCAUCCUGGGUCAGGAUGAACUGGCCCUCAGCACCCUGCCCCCCUCAACUGCAGCCCCAGAACAGGCCCCCGCCUGCUGACAGGUGUUCGGUGAUGGAGUUAACUCCUUUCAGGUGAAGAAGCCUGAGGGGAAUUCUCUAGAGAUGAAGGGGAAGCGUGGAUGUGAGAAUCUCAGAGAAUAAAAUGUUAACAAAAAAUAAAA